AUGGCGGACACUCAGGCGCCGCUCUCGCCGCCGGCUCCCGUCUACCUCAAAGCCUCACCUCCCCCGCCCUCCAAGCCCGUCUCACCCGCGUCUCCCACCUCGCCAACCGGCCUGUCCAGACUCUCGUUGCACGAAAUGCCCCGAAGAAAACCGAUCGCGAUUCCCGACGGCGCCGCCCAUGAGAACGCCGUCAUGCACCAGUCGCCCGUGUCGCCCGUGCGCAUCGACGACCCGUCGAUAACGCCCGAGGCCUCGUCUGUGUUGGUGGAAGACGUGAGGAACCUGCGGCUGUCCCAGGACUCCGGCAAGAACCUGAACCUAAACGCCCAACACUUCCCGCCCCGACGGAGCUCCAUGUUCCAGGCCCCGGCCCAGUACGCCCAGUAUCACGAUUCGCCCGCGGACGACCCAUCGACGCGCCCGCCGAGAGGAGACUCGCUCAACCCCAGCCCCGAUCUGAAAUCACCGCCUGUCCUCGAAGCAACUGACCUGCCGCAGGCCACCCGCUCGUCGAGCCAGGAAAGCCUCGAGAGCUUCCCCGAAGAGCCGCAAGAAGUCUACCAGCCGCUGCAGUACCACCACCAGCCCUUCCAGGAACACCUGCUGGACCGCGUUGGCCAUCGUGGCUCAAAAUGCACCGUCAGAUCCACCUCCGACUCCUCCUCCACCGGCGGACAGUCGAAUCACCUCGCCCCAGGCGGCCUGGCCGUGCCCCGGCCACCCUCCACGUAUUCUUCCGAUGGCAGAGGCCGAACGCGCUCCCUGCAACUGUCCCCCUACGGCCACAUGCGCGCCGUGUCGUCGCAUUCCGCCGCCUCGCCCGAUGCCCGCCCGCUGUCCUUUGUGGACUUGAUGAACGUGCCCUACCCGCAGCCGCCUCCAGCGCCAGCCACCCUCAGCAACGCGCAUCUGCGGUCGUCCGUGGGGAACAGCGCGUCGUUGUUGAGCCACAAGCAGACCUUUGAGAUGUACCUGGCCAAUGUCAAGAAGACCAACGACGCCGGCGCGCAGUACGAAUUUGCCGUGUUUAUGAUCCACGCUGCGCAGGAGGGCUCGCGCCCGGAAUCGCCCGCCGCUUCGAAACAGCCCGAUGCCGGCGCCGAAAUCUCGCGCGCCGAGCUGCUGCGCGAGGCGAAAGCCAUCCUGCAGCGCCUGGCCGACCGCAGCUACCCGUACGCGCAGUACUACCUGGGUGACGGCUAUGCCUCAGGGCUGUUCAACAAAGGCAAGCCCGACUACGACAAAGCCUUCGGGCUGUUUGUGGCCGCCAGCAAACACGGCCACGCCGAGGCGGGGUACCGCGCCGCUCUGUGCUACGAGUUUGGCUGGGGAAGCCGCAAAGACGGUGCCAAAGCGGUGCAGUUCUACCGGCAAGCCGCGUCCAAGAACCACCCGGGCGCGAUGCUGCGCCUGGGCAUGGCCUGCCUGAAAGAAGACAUGGGCCUGGGCAAGCGCUACCGCGAGGGCAUAACGUGGCUCAAACGCGCCGCCGAGUCGGCCGACGUGCAGUACAACUCGGCGCCGUACGAGCUGGGGCUGCUGCACGAGACGGGCUUCGGGGGCGAUAUCUUCCAGGACGAAUCCUACGCCGCGCAGCUCUUCACCAAGUCCGCCGAGCUGGGCCACGCCGAAGCCAACUAUCGCCUUGGCGACGCCUACGAGCACGGCAAGCUGAGCUGCCCACGAGACCCGGCCCUGAGCGUGCACUUCUACACCAGCGCCGCCCAGCUGGGCCACCCGCUGGCCAUGAUGGCCCUGUGCGCGUGGUUCAUGGUCGGCGCCGAGCCCAUGCUGGAGAAGGACGAGUAUGAAGCGUAUGAAUGGGCGAAGAAGGCUGCUGAGUGCGAGCUCGCAAAGGCUGAGUACGCCAUGGGCUACUUCACGGAGAUGGGCAUUGGGUGCCGCCGCGAUCCCCUCGAGGCCAAUGUGUGGUACGUUCGUGCCGCGGACCACGGAGACGACCGCGCGAAGCACCGAAUCGCCGCCAUCAGAGCUGCCGCGUCUGGCGCCGAUCCAAAGUCCGCGGCGCGCCGGAAUCAUGGCAAGAGCGGGAAACCCGAGGAUGAGAAGAGCAAAAGCAAGAAAUUCGGCUUGUUCUAA